UCACUCCCAUCUUCAUCAUCAUCAUCUUCCUCCUCAUCCUCUGAGGUGUGUCUGUGUCGGAGUCUGUGUCUGUGCCGCCGGAGCUUCAGACGGUGACGAGAGUAAAACCGAACCGAAACGAAGCGAACCUCUGUCUGUCUGUCUGUCUCUGUCUUUGCUCGUGACUCCUUCACGGAAUCCUUCACGGAAAAUGGCGUCAAAAUGUCCCAAAUGCGACAAGACGGUGUAUUUCGCUGAAAAAGUGUCGUCUUUAGGUAAAGAUUGGCACAAGUUCUGUCUGAAGUGUGAACGAUGCAACAAGACGCUGAAUCCCGGAGGCCACGCCGAGCACGACGGGAAGCCUUUUUGCCACAAGCCAUGCUAUGCCGCCCUCUUUGGGCCGAAAGGCGUCAACAUUGGCGGAGCUGGUUCCUACGUGUACGCCGCUCCUGCCAAUGAAGCGCCUGCAGCCGUUUCCAUGGAAACAGAUGCUAAACCGGAGCAGGGGGAGGGGGAAAGAAAAGCCCCUGUGCGUGGACCAGUGAAGGCUGCGAGUUUCUCGUCUUUCUCUGGAGGACCCAACAUCUGUCCCAGGUGCAACAAGACGGUGUAUUUUGCUGAGAAGGUGUCGUCUCUGGGAAAGAACUGGCACCGUCCUUGUCUCCGCUGUGACAGGUGCAGUAAGACUCUGAGCCCCGGCAGCCACGCCGAGCACGACGGACAGCCGUACUGUCACAAACCCUGCUAUGCUGUGAUGUUUGGACCCAAAGGCGUAAACACCGGCGGCGUCGGCAGCUACAUCUACGACGACCCUGAAGCCAAAGAGGAGCCUUGAGAACUCGACCCGGCUGCUAGAGCUCAGACGAAGAACAACCUCCAGGUCCCUCCACGUCUCUCUCUUUGAUCUGCCUUCAAGCGUCCUGGCGACAAAUGAUACGUACUGUACUCGCAGGGAUGGAUAUUCACAUGUUUAUGUUGUAUUUGCACAUUGUUUAUAUUAUUAUUAGGGACCGAGCACUCACACAGUGUGCGAGGACUUAUUGUAAUUCAAGGAAUUAUUAUUAUUAUUGUACUUUUUUUUUGUACUGAACCUUUAAUAUAUCCUCCCAGUGUGAGCUCCUUGGUUGUCUUUGCCAAAUAAUGUACCCACCUCCAAUUAUGACUUUCACGUCCCCCCCCCACGAUUGUGCACUUGAUAAACAGCGUAACUUAACACAGAGAAGUAGAAAUGGUACGAGCCGCCACGUGUAUGUACUGUCAGUGUUGAAUUCUCUAAGGUGAACGCGGCGCAGUGAAGAGACACAUUUUUACUGAAUGUUGUGAAGCUUGUAGAGUUUAGAGUCUGACGAAAAAAAGUGGUUGAGCACAUUUUCUACAGUAAAACUGUGUGAAACCAAA